AGCCGGAGCCUGCGAUUCCUGAGGAGUCCCUGCCCGCAUCUGGGGCGAGAUGGCCGCAGGCGUCCGGCCGUCCCAGCCGCAGGUCCUUGUCUGCCUCGGGGUGCUGCUGGCGCGCUGGGUCGCCGCAGGGUUGGAGGCUCUGGUCAUUGGAGAGGUUCACGAGAACAUUACUCUGCACUGUGGCAACGUUUCGGGACCAAGGGGCCCGGUAACCUGGUAUCGGAAUGACUUGGAGCCUGUCUUCCUCCUGUCCUCCAAUUCCAGCUUCCCGCCGGCUGAGCCACGCUUCUCUCUGGCAGAUGCCAGUUCGCUGCACAUCAGGGCGCUGAGGCUGCAGGAUGAGGGCAACUACACCUGCCAGGAGGUCCUGAAAGAGACUCGGUGGUUCCGAGUGUGGCUGCAGGUGGCCGGGGGCCCCUAUGAGGUCGAGGUCAAUAUCUCCAGCACUGGCAAGCUCCCCAACGGCACCGUCUAUGCAGCCAAGGGCUCCCAGGUGGCCUUCAGCUGCAGCAGUAGCUCCUGGCCUCCACCAAUGGUUGAAUGGCAGUUCCAGGCCCCAGAUUCCAGAACUGAGCCCUUUGGAAAUAACCUGACCGUCAACUGCUUCACUCUGCUGCUCAUGUCACAAAACCUCCAAGGAAACUACACCUGUUUGGCCACGAACAUGCGCAGUGGGAGACAGCGAAAGGUGACCACCGAGCUCCUGGUCUACUUCCCCCCUCCAUCGGCCCCUCAGUGCCAGGCAGAGAUGUCACAGGAAUCACUCAUGCUGCAGCUCACCUGUCGCUGGGACGGGGGGUACCCAGACCCGGACUUCCUGUGGACCGAAGAACCAGGAGGUGUGGUCGUGGGGACGUCAAAGCUGGGAGUGGAGAUGCUGAACCAGUCUCAGCUGUCAGACGGCAAGAAGUUCAAGUGCGUUGGGAGCCACAUAGUGGGGCCGGAGUUGGGAGCCAGCUGCGUGGUACAGAUCAGAAGCCCCUCCCUUCUCUCCGAGCCCAUGAAGACUUGCUUCGUGGGGGGCAGUGUGACACUCACCUGCCAAGUGUCUAGAGCCUACCCGCCUGCCAAGAUCCUGUGGCUGAGGAACCUCACCCAGCCCAAGGUGGCCAUCCAGCCCAAUGACCGCUACCUCAUCACGCAGGACGGCCAGAGUUCCACUCUCACCAUCCGGAACUGCUCCCAGGCACUGGAUGAGGGCUACUACGUCUGUCGGGCGGAGAACCCAGUGGGGGUGCGGGAGGUGGACAUCUGGCUGAGCGUGAAAGAACCUUUAAAUAUCGGGGGAAUUGUGGGAACCAUUGUGAGCCUCCUGCUGCUGGGACUGGCCAUUAUCUCAGGGCUUAUCUUGUAUUAUAGCCCUGUGUUCUGCUGGAAAGUAGGAAACACUUUCAGGGGACAAGACAUGGGUGAUGUCAUGGUUUUGGUGGAUUCAGAAGAAGAGGAAGAGGUAGAGGAGGAAGAUGGUGCUGAAGAAGAGGAAGAAGAAGAGGAAGAAACAAAUGAGAGGGAGGAGUCACCAGAAGAAAUCCCUAAGCAUGGCCACAUUCACAGAGUGACCGCACUGGUGAAUGGGAAUGUCGACUGGAUGGGCAACGGACUCCAGGCUCUGCAAGACGACAGCAGUCAGGAGCGGAUUGACAUCAUUCAAGAAGAAGACAGACCAGUUUGAAGAAAGAACUGUCCUCCAUGAUCCCGUCUUAAAAGCUUGGAAGGCUGCAUUGAAGAUGAGCUUUUCAUUCUGCUUUGACUUGACUCGCACCCCUGUCUGAGGGCUGAAAGUGGUGUGGGGUGCUCAGCAAAAAAGAAACACACACACAGAUUUCCUUCCAUUUUUUUUCUUCUCCCUAAAUUGGUUUGAUUUGCUGUUUUUCUCAUGGAUGUUAAAUGUGUUGGGAACGGGCAGUGUGUGGGGGGCCAGGUGUAUUUGGCAUCUCAGGUGCCCCCUUCACUGUGACUCUGGCUUUAUCCAGGUUGACUGAUGCCGAUUUGGAGGGGACAGGAGUUGGGGGGAGCACCUGGCCUCCGUGCUCAGUGCUCCCAGUACACUAUUAGAUGUCCGUGACCAGCCUGCCCCAUACAAGGGAAGAGUGUGGGGUGAUAGGGACACCUCCCUUAUCAAUGCCCGGGUAAGCCGGAAGACCAGGCAGACGUCACCUCCCUGGAGAAGGUGAGGAGGUGUCCGCUACCGGUGCCAGUCAGAGGGAGGCAGUUUGGCUCAGGUUUUGGAGUUGCAAACAGCUGGGCUUGAAUGUGGGCCCUGCUCCUUACUGGUUUCCUGGCCUUGGGCACGUUGCUUUACCUCUCCCUGGGCCUCAGUUUCCUCAUCUGUAAAAUAGGUAAAAUCCUACCUGCCUUACAGGGUAUGGUGAGGACUGAGGGAGGUAUUGCAGAUGGGAAAGUGCCCAGCGGGUGUUCAGCAGAUGUCCUUUCUCCUCUCCCCUGCCCUCUCUAGCGGAAGACACUAUGUCAACUGUGGGGUUCCAAGCUGCCGCCUGGGCCUCUCGGCUCUUUGUAGGAUGGUUUCAGAGGAGAGCAUUAUCGGAGCUCUCCUGAUGCUGUUGGCUUCCCUGGAGGUGUAGUUCUUUUCAAAAGAGGCAGGGGCCCCUAAGAGGAAGUGCCUUUCAUUAGAACCUCUCAUUUUGCGGAGUUUCCUAUUUGUACAAAAGCCUCUUAGGUGAUACCUGAGUAGCUUGCCGAUUUCCCCAUUCUCCUCUUUCUCCUGUGGCUUUGAAAGAAGGCAGGGGAAAUGUUUUGCAGUGGAGUAGGGUGAUAGAAGUACUCCUUGGGCCGACUAGUUCAUCUGGCCUCAGCUUCCCAGUCUUGGAAAUGGGGAUGGGAAAAUUUGUUUCCUUCCUCCUUCUUAAGGAGAGUGUGAAGAUGCAUUGAUCAAUAAGGCAAAGUUUUGAAGGAAGUGACAUCUGAUGCACGUAAGCUGCUGCUUCCAGAUCCCCGUGCAGUCCGCAGAUGGUUCUUUCCUGAACCAUCUUUUCUGAACACGGGAGGGAUUUUUGUCCAAAUCCCUUCCGUGUCAGAGACGUAAUAAGGGUGCAAAAGAUUGUGAGGAGCAUGAAAGUCUGACUUGAAUUUGUGUUCUUUAAUGUUCACAUCCCACUUGCUGGGCAAGAGCUAGGGCUUAAGGGAGAGCUUCCUUUCUCCAAAUAACACAGACCGGGACUCCAGUAAGAUGAGAAGCUAGUUAUCUGCAGCCUUCCCCUGCAGGUGUGAUGGGGAGGGGUCUGUUUUCUUGGAUGAAAAGACUGAACUGAGCAAAUCACUAGGAGUGAGCCCCUCGUCCCCAGCUCAGCCGUGUGGAUUGCAGGAGCUGCCUGUAGUUUCCACUCCUCAGGAAUUAUGUGCAAACUGCAAUUCUUACUUGCUGGGGCUGCUGCUGCCCAGGACUUCCUGGGCUUAGCCACUCUGGCCAGUCCAAGUUAGUGUUUCAGAACAGGAGACUUGAGUUAUUUCUAAAGUCACUGAGCUCAGAGUCUGUCUCCCUUGGAAUCUUCCAUGAUUAAAUUCCUGACUUUGAGAGUUCACUCUGCGGAGGCACCCAUAUUUAAAAAAGAAAAGAAAAGAAAGAGGAAAAAAAAUCCCUAACUAGGAAUGCAGAGAAUGAUCUUCAAGAUCACUGAGAUGCUUUCCAGAAUUUUUUCUCUUGCAUAUGCACGAGAUGGGACACAUCCCUGAUGAUGGGAAAUCUUUGGGGCAGGGUUUUUCCACUAGCAAUGGCGGUGGGGGUGUGAUGUGGUGUGGUGUGUGUGUGCUUCAAGAUCUUAUUGCCAAACACUAUACACCCUGUGUUAGCUGAGCCACGACUUCCGUCACUUAUAUCUGAGUCCUGGGUCAGUUCAGAGUUCAGGAACUGGCAGUCUUCAUG